CAGAGCCGCCAUUAAGUCUACGAGUUGGCCGACCUGCCGUUUGCCAGAAUGAUGGAUACCGCGGCGCACGUUCUCGUGUUCCCUUGGCCACGGCAGGGGCACAUCAACCCCAUUCUCCAUUUCGCCACCACCCUCGUCAACGCCGGCGUCCAAGUCAGCUUCCUCCACACCGAGCGCAACCUCCGCCGUCUCGCCCAGGCGCCUCUGCCGGGCCUCCGCUUGCUUUCUAUCCCCGACGGCCUCCCCGACGACCAACCCUGCAGCUUCUUGGAUCUCAUGGAGUCCAUGUGCACGACCGGCAGCGCCGCGUACCGUGCCCUGCUCCUCUCGCUUCUCUCCGCCGUUGAUGCGCCGGUGACAUGCGUUGUCGCCGAUGGCACCAUGCCGUUCGCCUUCGACAUCGCCGAGGAGCUCGGCAUCCCAGCGCUCGCCUUCGCCCCGCACAGCGCGUGCAGCUACCUGGCGCUCCUGUCCAUGCCCAAGCUCCUCGAGCUCGGCGAGACCGCCUUCCCUGCGGACGACCCGGUGCGUGGCGUCCCGGGGAUGGAGGGCUUCUUCCGUCGACGUGACCUUCCUCGUGGUCUCUCCUGCGCUGAAAAAGGCGGCGAAGACCCCUUGGUGCUAAAGCUUGCUGAGGUCACCGCUCGUAGCUGCAAGGCGCGUGCGCUCAUAAUCAACACCGCUGCGUCCAUGGAGGGGCCAGCGCUCGCUCACAUCGCGUCGUGCGCAUGCGAGGUCUUCGCCGUCGGCCCACUGCACGCCAUGUCGAGGAUAGCCGCAAGUGCGAGCCUGUGGCGGGAGGACGACGGGUGCAUGGCCUGGCUGGACAGCCACGACGACCGGUCCGUCGUGUACGUGAGCCUGGGGAGCCUCGCCGUGAUCACCCAGGAGCAGUUCACCGAGUUCCUCUCUGGCCUGGCAGCCACCGGGUACGCCUUCCUCUGGGUGCUCCGGCCGGGCAUGGUCCAGAUGACCAGCUCCGCGCUCCUCCGAGAAACCGUCGCGGCAGUGGGAGGCCGCAACGGACGUGUCGUCGAGUGGGCUCCUCAGCGGGACGUAUUGCGCCACCGGGCGGUGGGCUGCUUCCUGACACACGCUGGAUGGAACUCGACGCUGGAAUGCGCCGUCGAGGGUGUGCCGAUGGUGUGCUGGCCCUUCUUCGCCGACCAGCAGACCAACAGCCGCUUCGUUGGCGCCGUGUGGAGGACGGGGCUAGACAUGAAGGACGUCUGCGACAGACGCGUCGUGGAGAGGACGGUGAGGGAGGUCAUGGUGUCCGACGAGAUUAAGGAGGCGGCCCAAGCCAUGGCACAACAGUUGAGGCUGGAUGUCGCGGAGGUGGGGUCGUCAUCGUUCGAGUUCGAGCGGCUCGUCCGCUUCAUCAGGGAGCUCAACAUCAGCUCCAGGAUCUCUGAUGAAGCCUAGAAAGAAUGAAGAACUAGUACAGGCUGGUAACAAUUUGCUAGACACUUUUGGACUAAAAUAAACGUAUUUUUUAGUGCCACCAUCAGUAUAUGCAGAGCGGUCAUGUUUUUCUUAAAAACUAUUGGCUCCAUCCCAUAAUAUAAAAGUGUUGUUGUCAUUAGCGUAGUGUCAAAAACGUUCUUAUAUUGAACGAAGAGAGUAGAUAAUUUCUCAUUUGCGUUGUAAAGGAAUAUAAUAAUUUAAAGUAUUAAGUUGAUCCAAA